AUGCCCAUUACUCUAUGUAUUUCUAUGACGAUGGGAGGCCCACACAGUCGAGUUUUGCUGCGCACAGCACAAAUUCAACCUUGUUACCCAAAAUCAAGGAUCUCAGUGCGCAAUCUCCAUACUUCAGUGCCUGCUUCGAAACAAACACAUGAUCCAUCGCCAUCAGAGCUGCUACGGUUCGCUUUAACAGGUUCAAGCAAGCCAGCUCAGAGCUUAGAUUCUGACAUCGCAUCAUCGUCCCACCUUCGCGAGCUUUUUGCCCUCACAUGGAAGUCCAAUUCUCCCCCUGCCCCGUUGUGGACUGCUCUCAAAGGGCUAGCCCCGCACGACGAAGAGCUGUCUCGAGGACUUGAAACCCAAACCACCGAUAUAUCCUCCCUGAAGAAUCUGGUGGAAAGAUUCACAAAUGAUGAGCAUGGAGCUGUGCUCUUGCAGGCUCAGAAUAGCACGUUUCUGCGACUGGCUUUGCACCGUUGUCAACGACACAACACCUUAUCUGAUAUCCUUUCGGUCAUGAGCGAUAUUGUCGCAAGACUCAAUCGCCUUCGAUUUUCAGUCCAGCCCGGUACCUAUACUACAGGAAUGUCCUUUGCGAUGCUCGAUCUCUCAGCUGCUGCUCUAUAUCAAUUUUUAAAAGCUCAUCGUCUUGGGGGUAUGCCGGCUAUAGGUCUGAGGGAAAGUAUGCGCAUAAUCAAAAAUUGCUCUGAGGCACUUGAUCACAGGGCUUUUGAGGACCUAGAAUAUGAUCGAAGUGCCAUGCUUGCUCAAAUUACUGGAGAGGGAGACUUGGUUCCUCGCGGCAAUCUCAGACUGCAUGACAGUUUAUACUGGGCACAGCCCAGUAAAGAGGACGGCAUACGAUAUACGUCCCAGCUUAGUGCUCAAGACUACAUUUGUCUUCUGGUCAAGCUCGGAAGUGAUGAGGUUCUCCAUUCUUGCUGGACCAGCUUUCUGAAAAAUGUCCAACCCAAUAACCACCACAGCUGCUUUGCUGCCUAUCAAAUAGUGCUGACCUUGAUCCAAAGUACAAACCCCGACAUUGCAGUGAAGUAUCUGGAGCAAGUCUCACAGCAUUGCGGUGACAAUCUGCCGUUUAUUGCCAGGUUCCCGAACCUUCAGGUGUUGAUUGAUGAUCCCGUUGUAGGCGAGGCACUGCCUGAUUUAGUGCGGGGGGAAGACUAUAUCGAAGUACUCAAAGUUCAGCUGGAGAACAUGGAGCAACGAAUGGGACUUCAGUGGAGCUCAGAGUGCCAAGAACAUUCCAAUGCAGCUCUAGAGCCCUCGGAAUCAAUCUGGGAGGCGUUUGGGGAUCAACAUAUGCCCAAUUUUGGUCUUGGAUCUACCGAGUCCCCUUACGAGAGCCAAUUACAUGCGGAACUUCACGCCCACGGCUGCUCUAAGUCACCAGUUGCAUUGCACAGGAUCGUCGAUCUGCUGCAUGAUUACGAUGGGCAAUUCCUCGAGAUACCGACGCCUGUUUGUGUCGGCAAGGAGCGGCUGGGAGAAAUUGGCUCCAAAUUAGGACCAGUUGAACUUCGGUGGUCACCUGAGCACUCACCGGUUGAAUUCUCUGACUCUCGCAUUUCUCUUCGGCAUGAUUCCACCCGGCCUUGUACUUCAUUGGAUCUUGGGCUCAUUCGGGCCCGUUUGAUAAUCGGUGGAGUACCUCAGUCGGGCGUGAAUUCUUUACAUUUGCUGCAACUGGGUGACAUAUAUGUGCGGUAUGGUCCAGAUGGGCCUUGGCAGUCAUCUGGGUAUAUCAUGGUGUGGGACCGCCAUUUCGGUGAACUGCUUGGGCUUUAUGUCGGGCAGACCUCGGGAAUUAUUGACUCUGGGCCAGCGUCAGUCGGCCCAUUUGGUGCUUUGAUGCACAUCGGGCCCGAGUCGAAUCUCGGAAGAGGAGCAUCGAGUAGCACGACGCUUCGCAACUGCCGGGGACCUUACCACUUGGAUAUCGACCCAGGUCCAGAUCUGGCGUGGGAUUUUCCCGGCAGGGCGAGAUAG